AUGUCAGACAUCAAAAAAAUUAGUAUUGUUUUAGAUUUAUUGUAUUUCUUUACAUUUGAGCAUAACUAUUAUAAAGAAGAAAUAAUAGAUUAUAAACUUGUUGCAACUAUUGAAAUAGCAGAAGAAAAGUUAUUUACAGAACAAGAACAUGAAGAACAUUCUAAUACAGAUUUUAAAGAUAAACAAACUGACAAAACUAGUAAAAAAUCCUAUAAAAGAGAUGAAAAAAAUCAAAGAGACCAGGAAGGUUAG